UUUUAUUGAAUUUAAUUCAACAUUCGAUUUUGUUGCAAACAAUUCUAUUCAAGAAUUCUUUAAAUAACACAUCUCUUUCAGCAGCGUAUCUUUAAAGGAAAUUUUAAAUCUUCUUGCACGAUACUAUCGAGAGAAAAUGGCGAACUCUUCGAUAAAUCGACGUGCUACUUGUAGUUGUGUACUUCCACUGCAACAGAGAAUUGUCAUCGAUUAAAUGGACGGAAAAAUGAGUUCUAACAAUUCUUCGACUUAUCGCCGCGCCAACUUAAAAAUUGCGCCUGGUGCAGUAGUGUGCGAGGAGAGUAUUCUAAAAGGGGAUAUUUCCAUUGGCGCGAAAUCUAUAAUCCAUCCUAGAGCGUGUAUUCUCGCAGAGGCUGGUCCAAUCAUCAUAGGGGAAGGCAAUAUAAUUGAAGAAAUGGCAACUAUAGCUAACAGGUUGCCGCCCGAUGCUCCGGAACCUACAACAGUACCAGUGCAAAUAAUAGGCAAUUAUAAUGUAUUCGAGACUGAUUGUGUUUGCGAAUCGUAUAAAGUUGGCGAUAACAACAUCUUAGAAGCAAAAGCGCAAAUUAGUCGAGAAAUUGAAUUAACUAACGGAUGCGUUAUUGGAGCUGCAUGCUCUUUGACGGAGCAAGAAACGGUACCAGAAAAUACAAUAGUAUACGGGAACCAGUGUCAACGUAGAGAAAUGAACGAUAAGCCAUAUCCUCAAAUUGGACAGUUGGAUUUUUUGCUGAAAGUACUCCCGAACUAUCACCACUUUCGCAAAUCGAAUGUAAAGCCAAAACCCGGAGGACCUGUGUGAAUAAUGUAUAUCUACAUUCCUUGCAGUAAUAAAAAUAAGAAAAAUAUGUUUAAUUUUUACACUAA